UCAAAGCUAGAGUAACAGGUCCACUAUCACGGCCAAUCACAAUACGGAGUGGAGUCUCUCUGGAAAAAGGCAGGCAAAAGCAAGAGAAGGUGGAGUUCGCGUUCCUGAUUCCACCACUCAAACGACAGAUCACACAAAGCGGAAGCAAAAGCGAAGCGAAUCUAGGGUUUGUUGAUCGGAAGAGGACUUCCAUGGCGAGUCCUCAACCGGCGCGAUUGUCCAUCGCGGCGACGCCUGGUUCUAGGGUUUUGCAAAGCCCUCUCAGUGAUGAUGCAAUCUGGAAGCGACUCCGCGACGCUGGCUUCGAUGAAGAGUCGAUCAAGCGGAGGGAUAAGGCUGCUCUUAUCGCCUAUAUUGCGAAACUUGAAGCGGAGAUUUUUGAUCACCAACACCAUAUGGGACUUCUCAUAUUGGAAAGGAAGGAGUGGGCUGCUAAGUAUGAGCAAAUUAAAACCGAAGCUGAAUCAGCUGAAAUAGUAUAUAAGCGUGAUCAAUCUGCACAUUCAUCUGCUUUAGCUGAAGCAAGGAAACGAGAAGACAGUCUGAAGAAGGCUUUAGAAAUUGAAAAAGAGUGUAUUGCAAAUCUUGAGAAGGCCUUGCAUGAGAUGCGGCAAGAAUGUGCUGAAACUAAGGUUGCAGCUGAGAUUAAAUUGGCUGAAGCGCACAGUAUGGUAGAGGAUGCACAGAAAAGGUUUGUUGAGGCUGAAGCAAAGCUGCAUGCAGCAGAAGCUUUUCAAGCAGAAGCCAUCUGCUUUCGCCGUACUGCUGAAAGAAAGCUACAGGAAGUUGAAGCACGUGAAGAUGAUCUACGGAGACGUCUGAUCUCUUUCAAGUCUGACUGUGAUGAAAAAGAGAAAGAGAUCAUUCUUGAGAGGCAGUCAUUAUCUGAAAGGCAGAAAAAUGUCCAGCAAGGACAGGAAAGAUUACUUGAUGGACAAGCUUUGUUGAACCAGCGGGAAGAGUACAUUUUUAGUAGAUCCCAGGAAUUAAAUCGACUUGAGAAAGAGUUGGAGGCCUCAAAAUCUAACAUUGAGAAAGAACUUAGAGCCCUAAAUGAAGAAAAAUCUAAUCUGGGGCUGAAGCUGGCUUCCUUGACAACAAGAGAGGAGGUUGGUUGUUUAUAUCUUUUGCUCUUUAUUUAUAGGAAGAGCUAUUUAUUUAUAUUCUCUUUUGAAUGCGCCCAGGAUGUUGUCAAAAGAGAAGCUUUGCUGAACAAGAAGGAGCAUGAGAUUCUUAUCUUACAAGAAAAAAUUGCAAGCAAGGAAUCUGAUGAAGUUCAAAAACUUAUGGCUCUUCAUGAAAUUGCUUUGAAAACUAGGAAAGCUGAGUUUGAAGCAGAGCUGGAAACAAAGCGCAAGUUGGUGGAAGAUGAAAUUGAAGCUAAGAGACGGGCUUCGGAGUUGAGGGAGGUAGAUCUUAGCAACCGGGAGGACUUUGCCUUGGAAAGGGAACAUGAGUUGGAGGUUCAGUCCAGAGCACUAGCAGAGAAGGAGAAGGAUGUUACAGAAAAGUUGAAUUCACUUGAUGAGAAAGAGAAAUAUCUAAAUGCUGCUGAAAAAGAUGUUGAGUUGGAGAAAAUUCAUUUGGAGAAAGAAAAAGAAGAGAUCAACAAGAUGAAGCUAAAUAUCGAGAAGUCCUUGUCUUCAUUAGAAGACAAAAAGAAACAAGUUGAUCAUGCGAAGGAGAAAGUAGAGGCCAUGAAAAGUGAAACAAGUGAGUUACUAGUUCUAGAAAUGAAGCUUAAGGAAGAGAUUGAUGUGAUCAGAGCUCAAAAACUGGAACUAAUGGCUGAGGCAGAUGAGUUGAGAGCACAGAAGGCAAAUUUUGAAGCUGAGUGGGAAUCAAUUGAUGAGAAAAGAGAGGAACUUCGAAAUGAAGCAGAACGUAUUGCUGAGGAAAGGCUAGCUAUUUCCAAGUUUCUCAAGGACGAGCGUGAUAGCCUGAAACUAGAGAAGGAUGCCAUGCGAGAUCAGUAUAAACAGGAGGUUGAGUCACUUUCUCGUGAGCGAGAAGACUUUAUGAGUAAAAUGGUGCAUGAGCGUUCUGAGUGGUUCAGCAAAAUUCAGCAAGAACGUGCUGAUUUCUUGCUGGACAUUGAGAUGCAGAAGAAGGAGCUUGAGAACUGCAUUGACAACAGGCGUGAAGAAUUAGAGAGUUAUUUCAAAGAAAGAGAGAAGACAUUUGAGCAAGAAAAAAUGAAGGAAUUACAACAUAUCAGCUCAAUGAAGGAAAGAGUAGCAAAAGAAUUGGAACAUGUUGCUUCGGAAAUGAAAAGGCUUGAUGCUGAAAGGAUGGAGAUCAAUUUGGAUCAUGAGCGAAGGGACAGGGAAUGGGCAGAACUAAGUAAUUCCAUUGAAGAACUUAAGAUGCAAAGACAGAAGUUAAAGAAACAGAGGGAACUAUUGCAUGCAGAUAGAAAAGAGAUCCAUACACAGAUUGAACAUCUGAAGAAAUUGGAGGAUUUGAAAAUUGCCUCAGAUAAUAUUGCUUUGGCUGAGAUGCAGCAAUCCAAUCAGGAACCCAGCCAGAGAAAAGUUUAUGUAAAAAGAUAUUAUAAGGCACAAAACACAAUACCCAAUGCUGAUUUUGAAUCACAUCAGAAAAUAAAUGUUGUCAAGAAUGGCUCUGGGUUUAAUUUGCCUGCUUUACCAGACAGCUCUUCUCCUUCUACUGCUACUCCUUUCUCAUGGUUCAAACGAUGUGCUGAAUUGAUAUUCAAACUUUCUCCUGAGAAACCCUCAAUUAAGCAUGGAGAGAAGUCUUCGAUAUCUAACUCUGAAAAUGCAAACUUGACAUUGGCUGGAAAUUUAGAUUUGUCUGAUGGAUUUGAUAGGGAAGUGCAUGACAGAAAUGAAAAGACACACAGCAUCAGUGAUAGACAGCCCACGAGGUAUGCUCUUGGAGAACCAAAAGUGAUACUGGAAGUACCUUCUUCAGGUGAGGAUGUAAAAGGAUUGCAUACCUUGGAAUCUGAAAUUAAGAAAGACACCAGUGAAAAUUCAAGUCACUCAUUUUCUGAAAAAGAGCUUCUGGCUGGAAGGAAAAGAAGAGUUGUAAACUCUUCCUCCAAUGAUUGGGUUGACACAACUCUAGAGCAAAGACAGAAAAAUAAGAAAAGGCGCCAACAGGAAAAUGCUGCUGAUCCAUGUGGGGUCUCAAUACAAUCAGAUGCGAGAGAAGGUCAGGAUGUAUCAAUCUCACUGAAUCAAACUCAAGGAGGUGCUGAAGAGAGCAAUCUCUUGAUAACAGAUGAAAUCAUCAAAAUUUCAGAAGUGACAUGUGAAAAUGUGGUCUUCGACAAUCAAGCCAAACCAAAUGCUUUGCAAAAUUCUGUAGCGGAACCAGGUCAGGAUAUUCAACAUGGAGGAACAAACGGCCUUGCUGAUUCAAAUGCAGAAAAUUGUGUCCUAUCCUCUGACUUUAAGGCACAGGAAAAGAUAGGAAAAGAAGCGCUCUUUGUGGAUUUUGGAGAAGUUAUUGAGCAUAGUCAGCCUCAAGAUGAAUCCAUAUCCGAGAAGAGUCAACAGGAGCUUCAAGAACAGGGUGUUCCCAAGUCAGAUGAUGAUAAGAAGUUAAGUGAGAAGGUUGGAAGACGGAUGAGAUCAAGACAGAAGUCAUGAAGUUGUGAUUGUUUAUGUACUGCAGCUGUAGUUUACUGCAUGAAGCUUGAAGUAUGCACAAAAACGUGCAAGUUGUUGAUACAGUCAUGGAGGGGUUCUUUUGUCAUCGCUGGAGACUUGUCUCAGAGUAGGGCAAACAUGUAAAUGACUCAACUCACUAAUAUUUUGAGAGAUGUAAAUGCUUUGUCCAUCAUAUAUGGUCUUUAAUUGUGUGGAGUGUUUACUUUAGGGCAGUAGUUUACUGUUGAUAUUCAUUAUUUUGUAGAGGGGCUUGGUGGCAUUUGUGGGGUGGGGGUUUUUCUCCUCAUUCAUGGCUUGUGAGUUGUCUGCUUUGUUGUUUGGCGAAUUAGUAACUAGCUUUAGGAGAGGUAAAUUUAUCCCUUGAAACCUUUUGGGAAAAUACCAUAGAUGUGGUGUGUUGAUGUUUGCUAGAGGCACCGGGUGCAGGUGAUGAAGUUUAUAGUCAGUAGUCAAUAGUCAAUGUGAAUGGUGGUGUAUUUUCCAUGUGUGAUCUUAACUACAUCUUGAUAUUAAUAGUUUGAAUGCUGCUAUGUUGACGUCU